UUAAUUUUGCCGCUACACAGAAACCCUGAAAUUGCUUCUCUCUCCUCGCACUCUCACUGUGUCCCAGUGACUGAAUCAGCUCGGUCUCCGAUUCCGGCUAUGCUCUCCAAAACCCGACCAAUCUCCUCCUAUAUGCGCACCCACAAGCCCGCUCUCACACCCAGCACGCGCCCAGCGACCCACCUCCAAUCCCAAUCAAUCUCGAGCCUCAAAGUCGUCUGGCGCAAGGACCAGAAGCUCGACCGGGCAAUCGAAAACGACAAGUCGUACAAGCUCUGCGCCCGCGUCGUCAAGGAGGUGCACAACGAACCGGGUCGGGUGAUCCCGCUUCGAUACUUCGAAAAACGGCGCGAAAGGCUGCGGCUCAAUAUCAAAGUCGAAACCUUUCUUAGCAGAAACCCAGGUUUGUUCGAUGUUUACUAUGAUAGAAUUAAACCCAAAUCGGAACCGGUUCAGUUUCUUCGAUUUAGCGAUAGAUUAAGGAUGUUUCUGGAGGAGGAAGAGAGGAUUUUUAAGGAAAAUGAGCCGUUGAUUGUGUCUAAAUUGUGUAAAUUGCUGAUGAUGUGUAAGGAUAGGGUUGUUAGUGUUGAUAAAUUGGUUCAUGUGAAGAGGGAAUUCGGGUUUCCGAACGAUUUCUUGGUUAGCUUGGUGCCCAAGUAUCCGCAGUAUUUUCGGAUACUUGGGUGCCCCGGAGAGGAGAAUUGUUAUCUGGAAUUGGUUUCAUGGAACCCCGAGUUUGCGAAAUCAGUGAUUGAGAGGAGGGCAGAAGAGGAGUCGAAUUUGACAGGGAUUCGGGUUCGGCCUAAUUUUAACUAUAGGCUGCCAUCAGGGUUUUUCUUGAAGAAGGAAAUGAGAGAGUGGGUAAGGGAUUGGGUGGAAAUGGAUUAUAUUUCUCCGUAUGAAGAUGCGUCGAAAUUGGAUCAAGCUUCGCAGGAAAUGGAGAAGAGGACGGUUGGAGUUUUUCAUGAACUGUUAUCGUUGUCUUUGUUUAAAAGGAUUCCUGUGCCGAUAUUGGGUAAAUUUAGUGAUGAGUAUAGGUUUUCAAAUGCGUUCUCGAAUGUGUUCACAAGGCAUGCUGGGAUAUUCUAUCUGUCGUUGAAGGGAGGGAUUAAGACGGCGGUGCUGAGGGAAGCGUACAAGGAUGAUCAGUUGAUUGACCGGGAUCCACUGCUAGAGAUAAAGUACAAGUUUGCGGAGCUAUUGGAGGAGGGAUGGAGGGAGAGACGAGAGCAUUUGCGGUUGCAAAGGGAAGAGGUUGAGAAGAACAAGGAAAUGAUGGCUAUGAGGAACGAAGAAUAGGAUAAGUGCAUGGUUGGUGAUCAAGAAGCGGUGAAAUUUGCAACUAGAUGACAGUGAUUCUUGGUGUACCUGAAUAUCUUUGAUGGAGGAUGGAACUGCUUUUUUGGGGUGCCAUAUUAAAUUCGUGUUUGUUUUAUUUGAUUCUACAAGUUCAUGAAAAUGGAAAUUAUUGACGGAAGCACUAUGACAUUUUGGGAUGCAUGCUCACCUAUGUGAUGCGACAUUGUCAUGGAGUUGUUGUAAUCAUGCUCAAUGUGUUUCUCACAUUCAGUUCCGUCCCAACACUUAUUGUAUUCGCAAUAUGACACAAUUUUGGCAAAUUUUGAUCUUGUUAUUGUGCGGUCAAAGUGCAACUAAGUAUCGAUGUAUUAAUGCUGGCGAUUGAUUUCUUAGACAAUGAACACAUUCUGACUUCUAAAGGGAAUAUCCACUGAAAAUGGUUAUGAUGAAUUUGCUUCUGUUUAGAGCAUCAGUUAGUUUAUACUGCGUUGGAAGUGAAUGCUAUUCUAUUUACCAAUCGUAA